GCAAAACGCUUAUCAGAGCAGAACCAGCACGGCAGUCUUCUCCAUUUCUGCAAAAAUCACUGUACAACCAUGAAGAUCAUGGUAGCCAUCAAACGAGUCAUUGACUAUGCCGUCAAAAUUCGAGUCAAACCAGAUAAGAGCGGUGUAGAGACGAGCAAUGUGAAGAUGUCGAUGAACCCAUUUUGCGAAAUCGCUUUGGAAGAAGCGCUCCGAAUUAGGGAAGCGGGCCUGGCUUCGGAGGUGGUGGCGGUGAGUGUUGGCCCGACCCAAUCUGUGGAUACUUUGCGGACCGGGUUAGCCAUGGGCGCGGACCGGGGGAUCCAUGUUGAAGCGCCCGGGUCUCUGUACCCGCUUUCGAUUGCAAAGAUCCUGAGAGCUCUUGUUGAAAUUGAGAAGCCUGGACUUCUUCUCCUUGGCAAACAGGCAAUUGAUGAUGAUUGCAAUCAGACUGGUCAAAUGGUUGCGGGGCUUCUUCAAUGGCCACAAGGGACCUUUGCUUCAAAGGUUGUUCUGGACAAAGAAAAACAAGUGGCAACUGUGGAUAGAGAGGUCGAUGGUGGUAUCGAAACAUUGUCUUUGGACCUACCUGCAGUAAUCACCACUGACUUGAGACUGAACCAGCCAAGGUACGCAACGCUCCCUAACAUAAUGAAAGCAAAGUCGAAGCCAAUAAAGAAGAUCACUCCUGAGGAGUUGAACGUGGAGAUCAAAUCUGAUAUGGAGAUUGUACAAGUCACCGAGCCUCCCAAGAGAAAAGCAGGCAUUAUACUCUCAUCUGUGGACGAGCUUGUUGACAAGUUGAAGAAUGAAGCGCGAGUCAUUUGAUUAUUGUACCAUGGCAUGUGGCCACAAACAUUAUCAAAUUGUUGUUAAAUUUCCAAUUGUUACAUUCUAAUAAAUAUGUGAGAAAUUUAACCAGUCUUCUUCCCCACA